UAAUUUUCCUGAAACUGUUGUCGCUGUUGUCAGUGGUGGAGUUGCGUGAACUUUUCCUGUUUUUCUUCGUGAAAAAUCUGUGAUUUUGCAUUGAAAAAUCACUGCCGCGAUGCCUGUGGACAAGGAGAAGCUGCAGGAGCUGAAGGGACGAUAUGACAAGGCGGUGGCGCUGAUGGAGAAGGAGAGCAAGAGUGAUCCGGAAACUGACCCUUUCCGCUCUCACUACGCUGCUCGUGAUAUUCUGCUGGAGAUCCGUGCGGGUCUGGAGAAGCUCGUGAUAGGCACUGAAGAGGCGGACGGAGAGACGAGGCUGAUAUAUAGAUUCCUCCUGGGAAUCAUCUACAAGACACUCGGGCAGUUGUAUAUAUUCGUGGAGGAAUCUGGAUCGGCGAGAAAGUAUCUUCAGGACUGUAUUCUCUCGCUGGAGGAUGUGCAGACGCAUCCUGACGCUGUCAUACCUCUUGUCGGGGCACUCAAUCAGUUGGGCAUUCUGCAGGCGAACCAGAAUGAGCCCAAGGAGGCCAGAGAGACACUCCUGAGGGCGGAGAAGAUCUACAAUGACUACAAUGCCACGGAGAGCGCCGAGCCCUUAACCACCAUCAAUGAUCUCUUCGCCACCAAGGAGGAGAUCGAGUCGGGAGCUGGAAGACUGCUGCUGGAGAAGACGCACACCCUGACGCUCUAUUACCUGGCCCAGGUCGUGUGCACUCUCGGGGAGACGGACAACUCCAGAACUUACUGCCACAACACGCUGAAGCGCCAGCUGCAGUUCAACGACUACGAGCACAUUGACUGGGCUCUGAACGCUGUCACGCUGUCGCAGUGCUUCCUGACGCCGGACGGCCUCACGCACGCCAGGCACCACUUGGCCGCGGCCACGUUCAUGAUGGACAAGUUCGAGGCGGUGAUGCUGAAGCCGGAGAUGACGGAGGAGGAGAAGGCGGCGCAGCUGGAGACGCUGCGACACAGGAAUGCGGACGUGAGCAGAUGCUGGGUGAAGUACGCCCUGUACAUCCUCACGCACAGCAAGGAGCGCCUGAUGGAGGACAAGGAGGAGGACGAGAAGUCAGAUGAGGAGAAGAGGAUGAAGUCUCUGAAGCUGAACGACGACGGCAUGACUUUCGCGCUGGAUUUGUCGCUGUACGAGACGAAGAUCACUGACCAGCCGGUGCUGAUGUUCGAGGACGCCAAGGAGGUGUAUCUGUUCGCGCUGGGGCACAUCAAUCGCGCCAAGGAUUACUACAGGGCGGACACGCUGGCGUCGGAGUACGCCAAGGUGAUCAUGGAUCUGUCGUCGAUGCUCAAGUACUUGGCCUUCUUCGAGGAGAACGAGGACGAUCAGUGCAAGCUGCACAAGAAGCAGGCCGACCAUCUGGAGGACCUGGUGGCGCAGCUCAAUCCCACGUACUAUCUGGUGAUCUGCAGGGAAGUGUGGUACGAGCUGGGCAUCACGUACAUGACGAUGCUGGACAUCAAGCUGGACAAGCUGAAGCACAACGAUCGCCCAUCGCCGCACGCGCUCAACAAGGUGAACACACUGUGCGACAAGGGCAUCAAGAACUUCGACAAGUUCCGCGAGUCCUUCCCCAAGAUCGACGACACGACGCCGGACGAGGAUAUGCAGCUGAUCCUGUACGCCUACUUCCACUUGGGCAGGCUGUACUACAAGAAGAUCACGCCCGACAAGCGGAUGCAGUUUGUGAAUCUGGAGAACAGCCUCAAGUUCUACAAUCUCUUCCUCACCGGCUGCGAUCGGCGCGAGGCGCUGACCAAGGGGAUGAAGGGCGAGAUUGGGUGCUGUCGCGAGAUGGUGCGCCUGCUGCCGCUGAAGCUGGCGCAGAUAAACAUCGCCAUUGGCUCAUCGUAACUUGUCCAUUUAUUGAAAUCCUGGCACAUAGAGCUUCUUUCUAACACAUCAGCACACAGCAAAAGUAUAUCACAAAUACAAGAAAAUAAAUCAAUCAUUUGGAAUGUCUCUCUGGGCAAAGAAACUCCGCGCUAAGUGUAGGAUUUACAAAAAUACUGAGACUUUCAAGAGCGUAACAAAAAGUAAAGAGAAUUCCUAUAAAAA